AUGUCUGCCGACCUCUUUGCUGAGUUUGGCAGCUUCAACUCGGGGACUCCGCAACAGUCCACCCAGAAGCCAGCCUUGUCCACACCCGCCGAUCCCUUCGCCUUCUUGUCGAGCCCUACGUCGCAUACCGCCUCACCCCAAUCCUUCCAGCCACCGUCACAACCAUGGUCCACGGUACAGAAUCGCCAGAGCGCCAACGCCGGCUGGGCGAGCUUCGGCACGUCCAGCCCAGCACAGAUAGCAACCCAACCUCCCAAGCCGGAGGCUGCGGACGACGAUGAGGGAUGGGGUGAUUUUGAGGAGGCGCCCUCAGCGACAGCUACGCAACCGCCGGUCUCGAUACCUUUCAGCGCUCCGCCCGUCACCACUGCCGGACAUGCGACUGCCUCGAACCUGCCGCCGAUGAGGGCUCGAAUCACUCGGGUCGAUACAUUUGACCUGAUGGCAAACAAACUGGUACCUACAGCGGGCGGGAAGGAGAAGUCUGAGUCGCAGCAAGCUCGCCCAUCAUUCGGUGCGACAGCCACAAGUUCGUCGAGCUUGUGGUCAUCGCCCCAAACAACGUAUCAAGCAGCAGAGCCGGCUUCGAAGCCCCCGGUAAACAAGGUCAAGCCGAAAGACAAUAACGCGGACGUCCUCUUCGAUGCUGACGAUUUCGACGGAGAAGCACCGGACGACGACGACGACGAUGAUUUUGGCGAUUUCGAGACUGGCUUUGAGGAGAGCAGAACAACGGUCAAAGUGCCGACCCCUGCCCAACCAGCAAUAGCAGAUCUCAUGUCUCUCGAUUUUGGGCCACCUUCUUCCCAGCCAGCACCCGCGCUCAAAUCAGGACCUACACACAGUCGGAAAGAACCACCAACACAGCUUCUGUCUACACUGAAUAUUGGUGGCCCACCGCACUCCCCCACAUCGCUGUACCCACAGCCCCCCAAAUCUCCGGCUUUCUCGGAUAGGAACCCCUUCCCAGGUCUCUCUGUCACUACGCCGGUAUCUGGCUCGUUCCCUCCGGAAUUGAAGGACGACGUGAAGAAGUCACCAGACCCCAUGACUGCGUGGCCAGAUGGUGAGUCCGCCACGGAAAAGGAUGACUGGGACGCAUUCGCCGACUUCCCACCUGAUGCUUCUAGUGCCACGCCAGGAGGCGAAGGACCUUCGGCUGUCUCCUCCAGCUGGGACUGGAAUGCCGUGGAGCCGUCCCAGGUGAAUCGCAAACCGUCUGCGCCAAAAGUCACUCCGCGCAAGUCCUCGGCUUCGGAAAGCAUCGGCCCACCGCCGACAAACAUCCCUCCCCCGUCCAUCCUCCUGUCAAUUUUUACUGAGCUGCUGGAAGAAGCGGAGACCAAGCUUUACAAGCCUACCGCCAACCAACCGGCAGUCGUAAAAACGCGGAUAUAUGCGGACCCUGGGACUCUGGCGUUCCUCAGGGGCUACAUCGUUCUCGCCACUGUUGCCGCACGUAUCCUGGUCGGUCGCAGACUGCGGUGGAAUCGUGACAAAUUUCUCUCACAGGGCAUGUCCAUCUCUGCUGCUGGGUCCAAGGGCGGCAUGAAACUGGCUGGCGUAGACAAGGCCCAAACCACUCGAGAGAAUCGUGAAGCCGCGGAUGUAAUUGGCCUGUGGCGCGACUACGUGGGAAAACUCAAGACUGCAGUAGCACAGGCCAAUAUCGGCAUGCAAAAACAACCUGUGAAGAUGGAGCCGCUCAAGGUUCCUGAGAUCAAUGAUCACAUGGCCGUCACCACCGCAAAGAUGGUGCCCACGGCGCCGAAAGCGUGUGUUAUAUGCGGGCUCAAACGAGAGGAGCGAGUCAAGGGCGUGGACACUGAGGUGGAAGAUAGCUUUGGCGAGUGGUGGGUCGAGCACUGGGGCCAUAGGACGUGCCGAAACUUUUGGCUGGGUAACGAGGAGAAACUACGGUCUCGAUGA